UUAUCAAUUAGAGGAUUGUUAAGCAGCCAGAGCUCUCAUACAGACACUGGGAACAGAAUCCCAGGCACUUGCUGCCAGUGAAUCUUGCUGGAGGCAGUAAUGCGUUUCCUGGGGUCCUCUGUGCUCCUCUCCCUGCUGCUGCAGAGUGUGUCAGCACAGGGGGAGGAGUGGAGGACAGCACAGUCCAUUUAUGAGUUCUCAGCCAAGGACAUCGAUGGCAAUGAGGUCUCACUGGAAAAGUACAGGGGCCAUGUUUGUAUCAUCACCAAUGUAGCCUCCAAAUGAGGCAAGACUCCAGUAAACUAUACUCAGUUUGCUCAGUUGCACGCCAAGUAUGCUGAGAGAGGUUUACGUAUCCUGGCUUUCCCAUCCAACCAGUUCGCCAAACAGGAACCGGGCACAGAAGCACAGAUCAAGCAGUUCGCCAAGUCCUAUAACGCAGAGUUCGACCUCUUCAGUAAGAUCGAUGUGAAUGGGGCAAACGCACACCCUUUGUGGAAGUGGCUGAAGGAGCAGCCCAAUGGCAGAGGGACCUUUGGGAACUAUAUCAAGUGGAAUUUCACCAAGUUUCUGAUAGACAAAGAGGGAAAGGUUGUGAAAAGAUAUUCACCAAUGGAGGAUCCCAUUGAAAUAGAAAAGGAUCUUCUCAACUACCUGUAAUCCAUCAAAAAAUGACUGAACCUUCCUUUGAUUCAUGAUUGGCCCACUCCCACAUCUGCCUUCCCAUCCUCUCCUGUGGCCUGCUGGGAGCUGGUGUGUCCAUUACCCAGACCAGUGACGGCCUGUCUACAAACCCGCUUGGCGGACCGGACAGGCCUGAUGAUUCCGGCGUGCAACCCCCCUGGGAGGUCAUCCUGCACCCAGCCACACCACCUGAGAGGAACCUUACAACCAUCAAGGCUUCAUCAGUAAUGCAUCCUAUUACCAACCAUAUGUAUGGUAGAAAACAUGUCAGACGAAUUAUGUGAAACAAUAAACUCAUCAAGCCAUUGUG